AUGUCCCUCGUCAGAGCGCUCUAUCUCGCGCGAGGCAACGUCGCCAAGGCGAUUAACUACCACUUAGACCUAGUUCAUGUUGAAAGGUUCACUCUCGAGCAAUUGGCUUCAUCUCGUCACCCGCUUCCUCUCGCCUCCCCUCCGCCGAAAGCUCGCGGAGAGCUUUUAGCGCUUCCGCCACCCUGUCUAGACCCCGCUUCCACCUCUCCGCCCGCCUCCCCGCGCACUUCCGUUGCGGAAACACCGGUGGAAGUGAAUGUUGCGCCGGAGGAACCAGGAGCGUCCAUGGGGGAAGCCGCCGCGCAGGAAGCCAGCCUAGCCGUUGAUCCUGCGGAGCGCGUCGGAGACUCCGCGCCUUUCGAUGCGGAGGCGACUCGUCAGACGAGCCCGCUUAUUGGCGGCGACUGCGCAGCACAUUGCCCAUGCGAAGCGCCAUCGUCACCAAAUGCCGGCGCUUCACCGCCGGAAGCGUUGAGCCUUUCCCCCGACAGCAUCCGCGAGCCUGCGCGACCCGAGGCGGAGUGUCAGUUCACGGGGGACGGAGCGAUUGGCGGCGGAGUUUCUCCCGACGCAGUGGGCGCACCUUGCGCCGCAGUUUCCCCCGACGUUGCGCCCAACGAUGGCGCAGUUCCCCCCACGUCGAGCAUUUCCCCAGACAGCAUGGCUGAACCCGUAUGUCACGGCGCGGAUCGUGGCUCUGAGCGGGACGGCGAGCUGGGCGGAGAAUGCGCAGUGCGCUCGCCUUGCGCUGCAGUGUCCCCGCGCGAGGAGCCUUAUUUUGAGUCGACUAAAAAAGAGCGGAGCGGUGAGUUCGGCGGAGAAUGCGCAGUGCGCUCGCCUUGCGGCGCAGUUCCCCCGCACGAGGCGCCUAUUGUUGAGUCGACUCAAAAAGAGGGGGACGGCGAGUUGGGCGGAGAGUGCGCACUGCGCCCGCCUUGCGGUGCAGUUUCCCCGCGCGAGGAGUCACGCACUGAGCCAUGCGCUGACCCCGCCCAAUCGCCUGCUGUCUCCGCCCCGCCAGACUCGCUGAAUCCGCCUGAUUCAUUGCCGCCCGUAUCCGCGGCGCUAUCUCCAUCGGCCGUGCCGCCCGCAUCUACAGUAUCACCUGUACCUACGGCUCAACCCGUUUCUGCGGUUCCUCCCGUAUCUACAGAUGCUCCCGUAUCUACAGACGCUCCCGUAUCUGCAGAUGCUCCCGCAUCUACAGAUGCUCCCAGGAGGGGAGGUACGUACGCGCCUUCCCUCACUCCACUUUCUUGUCGGUUUCCUUCACUCGCCCACUCCUCCCUCUCUUAUUCUCACCGCCUCUCCCUGUCCUCUCUCCUACCCUCCCCCCCUUUCCUCUUCUCCCUCCUUCCCCCUUCUCUCCCUCCUUCGCAUGGGCGCCAGGUGGGAUCACUCCCGCGGGAGUGGGCGGCGGCGCUGAUACCACUGGAGGCGGAGGGGAAGGUGAAGCUGCGCGGCUACGUGUGCUCCGCCCCGCCAUGCCUCGCCAUGUUCUCCGAGAUCCUGCUAACUGUCAGGGUGUACGUGCAGCAGUGCUGCUUCCAGAAGCUCACUCGGGUGAAGGAGCGGGCGGCAGAUGCACUACACGUCAGCACAGCCGCCCACAUCACCAUGCUGCUGCGCUUCCUGAACCUGCGACCGACCCGCCCGGCGGAGUUCACACCCGCGGACUUCAACCGUCACACGGAGAACCUGGGCUUAGGCGUUGGCUGUACUGACCGGCAGGCAGCGUCUAAGAGAGUGCGGGCGACUAUUGCAGCGGGAGAGAGUAACGAGGAGGGCGAGGGAGAGGCAAAGUCGAUGACAGACGAGGAGGUGAACCGCUACGUGGGCGUCACCACCAACAACCAGACACUGCCGGAGAUGGAGCCUCCCCCAAGUGUGACCUCGCAGCUGCGGUGCUACCAGAAGCAGGCGCUGCACUGGAUGCUUUCCAUGGAAACCCUGGGACAGACUGUGCCAAGCAGUGCUGCUGAUGCUGCUGAUGGUGGCAAGAGGACGAGUGCACGGGAUGAGUGUGAUACGCUGCACCCGUGUUGGGAGGAGUACACUCUACAGCACAAGUGCAUCCUAGCAGGCGCCAUAGGAUCAUGCUCGACGGGUAUAGACUAUUGCACUGCUCUUUCGAUUGAUUUAAAUCCCCUUGUUCUCCCUCUCUUCCAUCGUCACUCCCCGUUUCACCUUCCAUUCUUUCAGAUUUUAGCAGACGCCAUGGGUCUGGGCAAAACGGUUAUGACCAUCGCUCUUAUUGCUGCGAGCAAGGCUAACAGAGAGAGGGAGAGGGCGAAGGGACCAGGGGGAAAACUGGAAGGAGUGGUGGGGAAGACGGAAGGUGGAGGGGUGGGGAAACAAGUGAGGGAUGGGAUACGACACGGAAACUUCAACGGAGCAUGUGCUGUUGCAAACGGUGCUGCUUGUAAGGAGGAUGUGGCCGCAGUUGGGAGUGCAAAGCGGAAGAGAGGGGAGUGCAGUGCGGUGGUGAGAGCAGGGAGAGGGAUGCGUAUUGGUUCAAGGAGGAAGAAGCGAGUGAAAAGGGAGGUGGAGGAAGGGACAGGAGAGGGAGGUGAUGUAGCGCUAUUUGACUAUGAUGAUACCGAAGAGAAUGAGGAUGAGGAUGGGGAUGAGGAGUACUUGCCUGGUGGGGAAGGGGAUGAUGAUGGUGGUGGUGGUGCUGAUGCUGGCAGUUCUGACAGCGAUGGUGGUGGUGCUGACAGCGAUGAUGCAGAGGUGCAGGAGGUUGGGGUUGAGAUGUGGAGAGCAGAGGAGACACAAGCAGAAGCACACGAGGAGCGUGGUACGGAGAUAGAGGAGUGGAGUGGCAGGGGAAGCAACAGCAGCAGGGGCAGAAGGGUGCGUGGAGGGACGCUCAUAGUGUGCCCCAUGUCACUCCUGAGCCAGUGGAAGGCCGAGUGUGAGGCGCACACAGCACCUGGCGUGCUCUCAGUGAUGGUCUACUAUGGCUCUCAGCGGCUGGACGAGGCUUGCCUGCUGGCGCAGCACGAUGUGGUGAUCACCACGUAUGGCACACUGCAGGCCGAGUACAAGCGUUUCAACAAGCACACGGCAGAGGACAGUGGGGCGGCACAAGCAGCAGCAGCAGGAGCGGCAGGAGCGGUGCGGCAGGGGCCGCUGCACAGUGUGCAGUGGUGCAGAGCGGUGCUGGACGAGGCUCACUGCAUCAAGAACCGCGCGUCGGGUGCUGCUGCUGCCACCUUCGCCCUCCCAGCCGACGCCCGCUGGUGCCUCACUGGCACGCCGAUUCAGAACCAACUGGAGGACAUGUACAGUCUGCUGCGCUUCCUGCGGGUGCAGCCGUGGGACAACUGGGGGUGGUGGCAGCGCCUGGUGCAGCAGCCGUACGAGCGCGGUGACAUGCGAAGCAUCAAGCUGCUGCAGGGGCUGCUCAAACCGCUCAUGCUGCGACGCACCAAGGACUCCAAAGACAGGGACGGGCAGCGCAUAUGUGUCCUGCCGCCCAUAUCUUACCGCGUGAUCUCGUGCGACUUCUCCGCGGAGGAAAGGGACUUCUACGACGCGCUGCAUAAUAAGUCCAAGGUCAAGUUCGACAGCUUUGUAGCCCAGGGCAAAGUGUUGCACAACUAUGCCUCCAUCCUUGAGAUGCUGCUGCGCCUGCGCCAGAUCUGCGACCACCCGUUUCUCGUUUUAAGCCGCUCCGACACAAUGGACGACGAGGACCUCAGCAAGCUGGGACGAAGGUUCCUCGCGUCUUCCUCACCGGGAGCAGCAAGUGCUGCUGCUGCUGCUGGUGCCGCUGGUGGUGGUGCUGGCAGCAACGUUGCUGCUGAUGCUGCUGCAGGUGCAGAGGCAUGGGGAGAAGCAGGCAGUGGUCCCAAUGGGUGUGACGAAUCUCACAGCGGCCCAUCGCGGGAGUAUGUGCAGUCAGUAAUAGAAGGCCUCAAGAGGAGGAGAGAGGGGGCAACGCAGGGAGGGGACGAGUGUCCGGUGUGUUUGGAGGCGGCAGAGGAUGCGGUGUUCAUGCCCUGUGCGCACAUAGCGUGCCGGGAAUGCCUCGUCACUGCCUGGAGACCUUCAGUCAAUGGCCCUUGCCCCGUGUGCCGUCGGCCAAUCAUGCGCUCCCAGCUCAUCACAGUGCCACGUGCGAGCCGCUUCUCAUUGGACGUGGAAGCCAGCUGGCAGGACUCUGUGAAGGUCCGGCAGCUGCUACAGUGCCUGGGGGAGAUCCGGGCGGCAUCGGCUCGGCAGGGAGCGAAUGGGGGAGGAGGAGGGGAGAAGAGUGUGGUUUUCAGCCAAUGGACGGCGUUUCUUGACUUGCUGGAGAUCGCAUUCAAAAGGGCCAAGGUGCCGUAUGUGCGGCUGGACGGCAGCAUGUCGCAGCAGCAGCGGGAGCGGUCGAUAAACGAGUUGAAGGAUAAUCCCAAGGUGGAGGUGUUGCUGGUGUCGCUCAAGGCGGGCGGCGUGGGGCUCAACCUCACUGCUGCCUCACAUGCCUUCGUCAUGGACCCCUGGUGGAACCCGUCAGUGGAGGAGCAGGCAGUGAUGCGUGUGCACCGCAUAGGGCAGACUCGCCCCGUUACAGUAACGCGCUUCAUUGUGCGCGACUCAGUAGAGGAGCGCAUGCAGAAGGUGCAGCUGCGCAAGGAUCAGAUGGUGCAGGGAGCGCUUAUGGACGAUGGCGCGCGCAGCACAAGGAUCAACGAGCUCAAAAUGCUCUUCAGAUAG